UGACCGGGAGAAGGGAGGGUAGCUCCCCUGCUAGCCACACACACACGCACGCACGCACGCACGCACGCACACACACGUACAGUGCUAACAGACAGAGGCAGUGGGCCAGCCAGCAGACCGCCUGCCGACCAGCAGCCAUGACAGACACCGACUCCCUGAGCGAGGCACUAAAGGCUAUCAGUGUGAGUACAGAGCUGAUCGAGGAGGAGCUGAAACCGCAUUUGGACGCAGUGCUGGCUGCUCUGCUGGAAAAGAAGAAAGAUGCUGCUGUUGAGAUCACAAGAAGUGGGAUUCUGCCCACACUGGCUCAGGCCCUGCGCGGUAAAAACAGCCUGAACUGCCAGGUGGCUCUGGUGGUGGCAGAGAUGGCUCGUGAAGCUGCAGUCAGGGAGCCGUGCAUUGAAGCAGGCCUGGUGAAGGUGCUGGUUCCCCAUCUGAACAGCAAUAACGAGGAGAUGCUGCUGAAUACUGGCAGGGCCAUCGGACGCAUCUGCUUUGACAACUCAUACCAACAGGACCAGUUGGUCCAGAGUGGUGUGAUCCCCAGACUGUUGUGCAUAAUAAGAGAGUAUCCAGAGAACGACCCCCUGGUCAACGUCUGCCUGCUGGCCCUCUGUAACCUGGCUGAUAUGGACUCUGCGCGGGAUGCCCUGGCAGAGCUGGACGUUGCAGACGUGCUGACGUUUCAGCUGAAACGGGCGCCAGAUGCUGAACGCCGACAUGUCAUCCUGGAAAUACUGAGCUCACUGGGCGAGAGCGAUACGCUGAAGCUGCAGUUUGCAGAGUCAGAUGUACCAGAAGCUUUGUCAGAGAUGAUUCGGGGUCUGCAGGGAGGUUCUGACCCCCACGACCUCUGCAGCAUCAAAAUCGCCUCCAACCUCAUAGUGUCCCUGCUUUUAGGAGAUGAGUCUAUGCAGAAGUGUUUUGGUGAGGGAUCAGGUCUGGUGUAUCAGGAUGUUCUGUCCUGGCUGCAGAGCCCCAACACGCAGCUGCAGCUGUCCGGAGCCCUGGCCAUCGCCAACUUUGCCAGGAACGACAGUAACUGCGUGAAGAUGCUGGACCUCGGUGUGGUCCCUCACAUCCUCACCUUGUUGGAGCAGCAUGUCGACGAAGGAGAUGUGUCUGUUCAACAUGCUGGACUGAGCGCGCUCAGAAACCUGGCCAUUCCUGCCACCAAUAAAGUGCGGAUGCUGGAGGACGGCGUGACUGAGAGGAUAAAGACGCUGCUGCGCUCUGACAUGCCACCAGUUCAGUUCAAACUGCUGGGUACAUUACGCAUGAUGGUGGAUGGACAGGAGGAGGCAGCCUUGGUGCUGGGGAGAGAUGCUGUGCUGCUGGCUCGGGUCAUGGAGUGGUGUGAAGCCAAAGACCAUGCAGGAGUCAGAGGAGAAGCCAGUCGCCUGUUGGCUGCCCUCAUCAGACACAGCCGCAGCCCCGAAGUUGUCAGUGCUGUAGCCAAAGCAGCUGGGGUUCGGCACCUUAUCUCCAUGGCAACAAGUGAACAUGUCAUCAUGCAGAACGAGGCCCUGGUUUCCCUGGCGAUAGCAUCUGCCAUUGACAUUGAGUCAAUGAAUGAUACGUUUAGAGAUGCGGAGCUGUUGCCCAUGCUGAAGAAGAUGUUGGAGGAUCCUGUGGGGGCGGUCGAAGUCAAGUUCAGCGCUUUAGGUCUCAUCUGUAGCCUGGCUAACUCUGGUGUGAUGAAGGAGCAGUUGAACUCUGUGAAUAUGAAGGAAAGCCUCAGUAAACUGACAGAUCAUAGCAGCAGUAAACUGGCCUCACAGGCCAGCUCCGUACUGGCCAUUCUUGGAGACACCAGCUAAACCAGCACGCUGCAACAAAGAAUCCGGUCUGCUGUAUUGAUUUUUUCCAUCUUAUCCAAUGGCAUACUUUCAUUCAAAUGAUCUUACUGCACAGUUACACAGCUAAACAGUCACCUGUUUAGUGGCAACAAUUUUGAAUAAAAGAAAGCAAGACUGAGACUUAAUAGCCCCAACAGCAGCCCCCAGCGGCUGCAACGUUUGUUAGUUAUAUUUGCAAUGACACUAAAAUAAAAAGUCAAGGAGAAAACAAAAAUAUGAUCAUUCUGUGGAAUUUGUAAAUAUCUACCAAAUUUCACUGUC